GUCGUCGUCGUUGUUGUCGUUGUGAUCGCUCGCGAAACGCGCGCGUUUUGAUAGCGUUUUUUGGUCUGCUGACGCAAGUGUUACCAUAUUCUAAAAUACGUAUACGCAUUGUUGCAACAAAGUCAGCAGUCAGCACAAGAAUAAAGAUGCAACUUCAAUUGCUCUGCCUCGUUCUGGGCGUUGUGACAGCUCACUGCUUGUCCGCCUUUGAACCACAGCCGGACUUGAGCAAUCAUGUGCACGGCGGCUAUGACUAUCCACAGCCGAAGGUGCCCUUCACUGAUGGCUAUUCGUAUCCACGUCCAGCAGUACCAUUCCCACCGCAGACUCAGCCACCGAGCAAAGGUUAUGAUUAUCCCAAGCCAACGAUUGUCUUCCCACCGCCUCAGCCAAAGGUUACCAGCGGUUAUUCCUAUCCAAAACCAGCGGUGCCUUUCCCACCCGAGCAACCAAAGUAUAUUCCACCACCGCAGCAGCAGAUCGUUCCUGCCCAGCCGAGCAAAGGAUACGAUUAUCCCAAGCCAGCGAUUCCAUUCUCGCCACCAGUCAUAACUAAGAGCCCACCUCAACCCCAAUACUUGCCUCCAGUUAAGAUCAAUAGCGGAUAUGAUUACCCGAAGCCAGCGAUACCAUUCCCAGCACCGACUUUGCCACCCGUUAAGCCGACACCCAAAUACUUGCCACCUGUGCAGCCUACAAGCCCACCUCAACCCAAAUAUUUGCCACCAGUGAAGAUUAGCAGUGGAUACGAUUAUCCCAAGCCUUCGGUUCCAUUCCCACCACCAGUUGUAACAAAAAGUCCACCUCAACCCACCUACUUGCCUCCAGUGAAGGUUAGCAGUGGAUACGAUUAUCCCAAGCCAGCGAUUCCAUUUCCACCACCAGUUGUACCAACAAAACCACCUCAACCCAAGUACUUGCCUCCUGUAAAGCCCACUAAUCCUCCCCAGCCCACAUAUCUGCCUCCAGUUAAAGUUAGCAGUGGAUAUGAUUAUCCCAAGCCAGCGAUUCCAUUCCCACCACCAGUUGUACCAACAAAACCACCUCAACCCAAGUACUUGCCUCCUGUAAAGCCCACUAAUCCUCCCCAGCCCACAUAUCUGCCUCCAGUUAAAGUUAGCAGUGGAUAUGAUUAUCCCAAGCCAGCGAUUCCAUUCCCACCACCAGUUGUACCAACAAAACCACCUCAACCCAAGUACUUGCCUCCUGUAAAGCCCACUAAUCCUCCCCAGCCCACAUAUCUGCCUCCAGUUAAAGUUAGCAGUGGAUAUGAUUAUCCCAAGCCAGCGAUUCCAUUCCCACCACCAGUUGUACCAACAAAACCACCUCAACCCAAGUACUUGCCUCCUGUAAAGCCCACGAAUCCUCCCCAGCCCACUUAUCUACCCCCAGUAAAGGUUAGCAGUGGAUAUGAUUAUCCCAAGCCACCAAUUCCAUUCCCAGCACCAACUCCUGCACCCGUUAGGCCAACCAGUCCACCUCAACCCAAAUAUCUGCCUCCCGUUCAACCGACAAGUCCACCACAGUCCAAAUAUCUGCCUCCCGUGAAGGUUAACAGUGGAUACGAUUAUCCCAAGCCAUCAAUUCCAUUUCCGCCACCAGUUGUGCCGACAAGUCCACCAAAGCCCCAGUAUUUACCUCCCGUAAAGACUACAAGUCCACCUCAGCCCAAAUAUCUGCCUCCCGUGCAGCCCAGCAAAGGUUACGAUUAUCCCAAGCCGGCAAUUCCUUUCCCCGCACCCACCCCUGCACCCAUCAGGCCAAGUAGUCCACCACAACCCAAAUACUUGCCGCCUGUGCAGCCAAGCAAGGGUUACGAUUAUCCCAAGCCAGCAAUUCCAUUCCCAGCACCAGUGAGGACGACACCACAACCACAAUACUUGCCACCACCUCAGCCCAAGCCUCAGGGCUAUGACUAUCCCAAGCCCUCAGUUCCCUUCCCUCCACCCACCCCAGCGCAAUAUCUGCCACCAGCGGCACCCAAGAGCGAGGGAGGUUACUCCUAUCCAAAGCCAGCGAUCGCCUUCAAUUACUAGGCUUACGUUGCGCCUGCCCUGAUGCCCAAUCACUAAUUAAUUGACACGAUUGCCUCUCCGUGCCCAUAGGAACGUACGAUAUUGAAUAAUUGUAAUUAACUAUAAUAAUUUUAUUUAAUAUUUAAUAUUAAUGUUGUACCUGAGUUCGCGCUUCGGGCCUCUGUAAUCGAAUUUUAGUCAUUAAAAUAUGUUUAUACCAUUUAUAUCUGCGCGAAUCCAGCUGAAAUAAAACG